AGCGCACCACAAGUCGCACCGUUGAUGUCAAUACUCGGAUCUCAUCCCCUCCCAAUGUCGUACGCACAUUCUACAAAUAUUCGCAUAGCCAGAACUCGCAUAGCCGGAGCUCGACCGACCCCCAAAUGGCAACCCCCACCUUCGCAACCCCCCUCCCGCAGUCCCCCCGCUCCGAGAUCCUCGAGUGGCGCUUCCCGCCACCGCACCACCGGCACGUGCUGACGGGCCGGUCGCGGGCGGCCUGGCACACCUCCUUCGUGGUGCCGCAGCUGAACCUGCUCCUGGACGCGGGCCUGUGCGUCAACCGCCUGCGGCCGAGGCACGUCUUCCUCACCCACGGCCACAACGACCACGUCCUCCUAGCCCCGGCCUUCGUCGUCGGCCGCGACCCCGACGACCCCCCGGACGUCUUCUGCCCCACCGAGAUGGCCCCGGCCUUCGACGCCUUCGUCCGCGCAAACGCGCUGCUCAACCAAGGCGGAUUGCUCGGGCCCGAGGAUGCGGAGCUGAGUCGGCUCGACACGCACGUCACGCACGGCCUGCGGCCAGGCGACGAGGUGGCGCUCCGCCGAGCAAAGGACGUGGUGGCGCGGGCGUUUGCGUGCGACCACACGGUUCCCUGCCUGGGGUACGUGUUUGGGACGUCGACGCGGCGCCUGCGGGCCGAGUUCGCGGGGAGGCCGGGGGGCGAGCUGCGGGAUCUGAGGCGCGCCGGGGUGGAGGUCACGGCGCCGCAUUGGGAGCCGAUGUUUGCGUUCCUCGGCGACACGACGGCGGCGACGCUGGCGGCGGGACCGGAGUGGUUGGUGGGGGGCAUCCCUGUUGUUGUUACGGAGUGUAGUUUUUUGUAUCAGGAGCAUAGGGCUGUGGCGGAGAGGACGAAACAUACACUCUGGUCGGACCUGGAGGUCGUGGUGAGGAGGUGGCCUGCUACGACGUUUGUGCUGAUGCAUUUUAGCCUGAGGUAUAGUGAGGAAGAGAUACGGAGGUUCUUCAAGGAGAUGGUGGACCCGCCUGGGAAUAUUGUCGUUUGGGUGGAUGGGGAAGAUGAGGGGGGAACUGAUUAGACCUUGUAAUUGGAUUUGUUAUUUACGUUGCAAUGAAUCUACAUUAGUAAACACU